AUGACCGCCGACACUAAGAUGCAGGACACGCUCAAGGAAGUGCCUGGCUCCGACAAGGAAGAGCCCAUCAGCGAGGGCGCAUACUCGACCAUCGCGGCUGACUACGUCGGAGACUGGACUCCCGAAGAAGAGGCCGCGGUGCGCAGGAAGUUUGACUUCACCAUCACCCCACUCAUCACAUUGCUGUACUUGUGUUGUGCCAUUGACCGCAAUGCUCGUAUCGAGGGUAUGGGCGAAGAGCUGCAUCUUGUCGGAUACCAAUACAACAUCGUCCUCAGUAUAUUCUUCUGCUUCUACCUCGCUGUCGAGGUUCCUAGCAAUGUUGUUUUGAAACACGUUGGUCCUAAGUGGUACCUCCCGUUCCUCGUCUUCUCUUUCGGCCUGGUCUCCCUCUGCACCGCUUUCGUCCAAUCGUACGCCGGUCUCGCCGUCACCCGAACCUUCCUGGGAAUUUUCGAAGGAGGAGCCAUGCCAGCUGUAGCAUGGAUCCUCAGUUCCAUGUACAAAAGGAACGAACUGUUCUUCCGCAUGAGUUUCUUCAUCUCUUCCAGCUCCCUGGCCAGUUCCUUUGGGGGCUUGCUCGCCGCCGGCCUGUCCCAUGUUCCGAAAUGGGGCACCAACGCGGUACCGAUCGAAAGAUGGCGCAACAUUUUCUUUUUCGAGGGUCUGAUCACAAUGCUCAUUGCAAUGGCCGCCCCGUUCUUUAUGGCUCAGAGUCCUGGCACCUACCGCUUCCUGACUCCCCGACAGCGCUACAUAGCUGCUGAACGGCUACGUCGGGACCUCGACAUGAGCCCUAAGGAGCGCAUCACUUGGCGGCAUGUCAGGCUCGCCAUUUUCAACGUCCACACCAAUGUGUGCGCCCUCUGCUUCUUCUGCACCAACUCGGCCGUGCAAGGAAUGGGGGCUUUCAUCCCCACCAUCCUCAAGGAGUUUGGAUGGACCUCGACCGAAGCUCAGCUGAAAUCAGUGCCCCCAUAUUUGGUCGCCUGUGUGCUCACCAUCGUCCUCGGCUACUGCAGCGACCGAGCCAAGCAGAGAGGUGUUUUCAUCGCCGGCAUUCUCCCCACCAGCAUCACAGGGUUUGCCAUCCUCCGAUUCUCGUCCAACCCCGAUGCCAAAUAUGCAGCCGUCUUCCUGAAUGCAAUCGGCUGUUUUGCCGGCAGUGCGGGAAUGUUAAGUUGGGGAAUCAACAAUGCCGGCAGUCCGGCGACGGCCGCCGUGGCUAGUGGAUACAUGGUGAGCAUUGGAAGUGUAGGAGGUGUUUUGUCCACCUGGACUUACCUCCCCGACGACUCGCCGCUGUUUCACAGAGGUCACUCUAUCAACCUCGGACUGCAAUUGUUCUGUUUCGUAUGCGCUCUGGUAGGCAUUGCUCACUGCCUGUAUGAGAACAAGGUCAGAUCCAUGGGCAAGAGAGAUGACCGGCUUGAUGGCGUCGAGAACAAGUUGUCUUUGUGUCAUAGAAACCCAGAGUUCCGCUACAUGUUGUAG